AAAACAUCCCACAGAGCAGUUGAAGUGUCUACCUUACCUACAAAAUCAUUUUUACUAAGCAUACAAAGAACUCAAACACAACAUGUUAGUCAUAGGAGUAUUGCUGGCGUUCGUAACGCUGGCUACUGUUAACUGUCGGCCAAACUUUGCCUACAAUCAGAGUGUUCCUUACACUAACUUGCAAUCUGACCUCGACAAUUUUAAUCCCCUAGAUUUCUUCAUGUCAUAUGAAGAAACCAAUCAAUGGUUAGCAGCUCUAGAGGCGAAUUAUCCAGACAAGUGCAAGGUACAACCGAUUGCUCGAUCUUACGAAGGGCGUGACAUCAUGGCCGUCUAUGUCAACACACAACAAAGCAAGAAAAUUUUCGUAGUCGCUAACCUGAAUGCCCGUGAGUGGGCUGCCAUGACAUCGGCCAUCUACAUCAUCCACGAGCUUGUUCGUAAUUCCAACAACUACCCAGACGCGGCCAAGUAUCAAUGGAUCGUUAUUCCGAUAGCGAAUCCAGACGGUUACGACUAUACAAAAAGCACAGAUCGCUUCUGGCGCAAGAACCGUGCCCCGCAGACGGUAGUUGAUAUCGGAACUGACCUAAACCGUAACUUUGAUUACAUGUGGGACGUCCUGAUCAAUAAGAAAGAUGAUUUUUUGCAAUCAGAAACCUACCGCGGUCCAUCCGCGUUUUCGGAAAUAGAAAGUAAGGCCAUUGGCCAGUUUCUUCAACAAAAUGCGAAUUCAAUCGUACUGUACGUUGAUCUACAAGCUUACGGAGAGUAUUUAAUGACUCCCUGGGGUUAUACGAAAGAUCCUGCACCAAGUGCCGAGUUCCUUACAUCCAUAGCACAAGCCGGCUCCAAAGCUAUAACAGAUCCUAAGAGCAUACUAGGCGAGGAUCCACAUUAUUUGGUGGGCUCAGCAGCAGAGAUAAUGAAAGAGGCGCCUGGAUCUAGUAUCGACUACUGUCUAUCCGUUGGAGUGAAGGCUUGUAUUGCCAUGAAGUUGUCUAGUAGAGAAUACGAAAUAAAUACGUCGGAUAUCCCUAUAUUCGGCAAACAAGCGCUCACUGCAGUGCAAGCAAUGGCAGUCAAAGCGGACGGUUGAAAAAAGUUACAAUUGAACAUGAGUGAAGUUCUCAGAUAUGACCUCCUGCUUAUAUUAUCCUUUCAAUAACUAAUAAAAGAUGCAUUACAAAACUUAAA